ACAUGGUUUCUUGUUUUGUCGUUGAUGUCGAUCUGGUUUCUUUGUCGACUCCUAAACCAAGGCGGUUCAAUCUCGCUCGAGAAUUACAGAGCUCAGUCCUUACAAAUUCUGUCAAACACAACAUCAUCAUGUCGACCUCCGCACCAACUGCUGCCGGCGAGCAGGCCGCUCCAUCUGCAACAGCACCACUCACGCUCGACCGCCUCGCUGUGGUUGGCUGCGGUGUGAUGGGCAAGGCGAUCGUCAAGGGGCUGAUUGACAACAACUUUGUCGCUCCAGCACAUGUUACCGCCAGCGUCGCGUCCGACGACUCUGCCAGCGCACUCGGCGCCUACUUUCCUGGCUCGACCAUUGUUCGCGACAACAUCACUGCAAUCAAGAGCGCUGACGUUGUGCUUCUCUGCAUCAAGCCAUUCUACGUACGCACUGUGCUGAGCGAGCCGGCGAUCGUCGCAGCGCUUCAGGGCAAGCUGCUGAUCAGCAUCUGCGCUGGGAUUACGCUCGCCCAGUUUGCGGCACUCAUCCCAAACACACGCGUUGUGCGUGCAAUGACCAACACUCCUGCGCGCAUUCGCCAAGGCAUGACGGCCGUGUGCGGCGGCGCCGCUGCGACCAAGCAGGAUGUCCUGCUCACCGUCAAGAUGUUCCAGAAUGUCGGACGAUGCAUUGAGCUGCCAGAAACCCAAUUCGACACUGUCACUGCGCUUGCUGGUUCUGGGCCUGCAUUCGCAUUCAUGUUUAUCGAGUCGUUGGCAGAUGGUGCCGUCAUGAUGGGAAUGCCACGGAAGAUUGCUCUUGAGAUGGCUGCCCAGAUGGUGUUUGGUUCGGCAAAACUGGCGCUUGACUCGGGGGAACAUCCUGCGUUGCUCAAGGACUCUGUUACAACCCCUGGUGGCUGCACAAUUGCUGGUUUGCUCAGCCUGGAAGACAACAAGUUCCGUGGCUCGGUCGCUCGCUGCAUCGAGGCAACAUCCCGGCGCGCCAGCGAGCUUGGUCAGCCUAAAAAGUAGCAUGUGUGAACAGCUUUGAGUCAGUGCAGUGCAUAUGCGUUGGUUGUCGAUGGAAUACAAAACGUUCAUCGUCCCA